AUGCAAUCAUCUGAAAACCAGCUUGUUGAUGAUUUUCAUCAAAACUUUCUCCAUUUCUAUUCUAAAACCAAGGACAUUACUAAUAUUAGAUUUAAUUAUAUGAGAGAAUUGUAUAACCUAGGAGUGGAUACUUUUCCUGACAAUUAAGAGGUUUUCACGAUUCAACAAAAUAACAAGUUGAAUUUACAAUCUCAGUAAAAUAAACUAAAGAAGAACUGGACAGAUGAUGACAAAAAGGUACUCAUAUGGUUGGUUGGUAAAUGGACUGCAUCUAAUAGAAGAGACCUAAAAUCUAUCGUAUAUAAAUUUAACUCUAUUUUAAGAGCGAUGAUGAUUGGAAUUCCAUUGCCAACAUGAUGCCAAGAAGGGAUGGCUUUAAAUUUAAACAGAAAUGGCUACAAAUGCUUAAACUUCCCUUGUAACAAGCUCCUUGGACUAUACCUGAGGAUGACCUAUUAAGGUCCAUAAUAUAUGACUAUUAAAAUUAGAACAAAGGAAAUAAAUGGAGUUAGAUAGCUACUACUCUAAAUAAAAUAAGUGAAUCAAAUGUUCAUAGAAAUGGUAAAUAGUGUAGGGAGCGAUGGAACAAUCAUCUUAAUCCUUUUAUAAAUAGGUAUAACUAUUAUAUGAAAAUCUCCUAAGAAAUCCAUGGUAAUUGAAUGAGGAUUUAGAUUUGUUAUACUAAUCAAUCUAAAAUGGGAAAAAAUGGGCUUUGAUUUCAAAAAAAUUAAAAAUACCAAGAAGUGAGAAUAGUGUCAAAAAUAGAUUCAAUUGUCUAUUAAGGAAAGAAAGAAGUCAAAAAGCAGGGUAGGCUAUAUUUAAUAUAGAAGGAAGAAAGUGAAUCAGAAGAAUCUAAGAUUUCUAAUUUUCCAUCCGCAGAAGAGUUGAAUCAUGAUGAAAUAAAACUCAUACAUACUAUCAUAAAAAAAAUAGAGUGGAGAAUCCAAUAAAGCCAAAACCUCCGAGAAAAUGAUCAGAAAGAUAUUAUUAAAGAAGAACAUUUAGAUAUUAUUAAAAAAGUUAAAUUAGAAUCUAAUAAUACUAUAAAAAAGGAUUGAAGACCCUAGCAACCAAAUACUAAUAAUCAAGAUAAAAUCAACUUGCAAGUGAAGGAAUAUCAAUUAACAGAAGCUGAAAUGAGUACUCUCUAACCCUGUUUAAUUAAUAAAGAAAAAAAUUAAAUAUUUUUUGUAUCACCUGAACAAUUAAAUAUUUAUCUAAAUAAAUCAGAAAUUAGUUAACAAAGCACAUUUUAAGAAAAUAAUUUAUCUAAUCAAAAUAGUCUAGGCUCUUAUUAUUAUGAUCCUAAACUAUUUCGAUCGUAUUUUAUGAUGUAAUCAAAUGAAUAUCCUCAAAUAUAGAGUGGAAUUUAUUAAUAAAGAUCCAUUAUAAAUUAAAAUAUGUUAGGUAAUUUUCAAAGUAUUAAUAACUAUACCUAUCCAUUAGCCAUAUCAUCAUCUUACCCAUCUCAAGCAAAUUUAAUGGGUCAAUUAUCAAGAUGA